CACGGCGCACGGUCUUCAGCCCCUUCCGAUUGUCACAGCGGUGAUCUUGAGCUCCCAUUGGCUCCUGUCUGCGACACGUCACAAUCAUGAUUAGAAUUGAUGAUCGGACGUUCUGAUUUCAUUGUCUAGCAAAGGGGGGACUGGUGGAGAAAUCUGCUGAAUUCUCAACGCUCGUCUGAUUUUGACAUCCAAUAUGCCACAUUUCCCAGCAGUGCGCCAGGUACACUGAGACACGAUGAGUACGGUCGAACGUGUGCUAAUCUAGAAACAUGGAGGUUUUGCUGUGAUCUGCAUGGCUGCCCCGUUCCCCUCCAGUGGCAGAAUGGAUGCAUGGGCACAGAGGCGCGGCCUGCAGACUAUGAACCUGCGGUCAGUGUUCACGGCUGAACAGCAGAGGAUCCUGGAGCGCUAUUAUGAUAACGGGAUGACCAAUCAGAGCAAGGCCUGCUUCCAGCUCAUACUGCAAUGUGCUCAGGAGGCCAAGCUGGACUUCAGCGUGGUCCGGACAUGGGUUGGCAACAAAAGACGUAAGAUAGCCUCCAAGGUAGAGCAGAACGGAGGCAUGUCUCAUUCCUUAUCCAGUCACGGACUCGCCGGGGGAUUGCUCUCCAAUCACUCGUUAGCCGGGGGGCCACUGUCCAAUCACGGCCUGGCGGCAGGGCCACUGCUUCCCGCUGAUUUGGCGGCGGCGCGGAACAUCCAGAAUCGCGUACACCUCCUCCCUCCAUCCUCGUCCUUCCCCUCUUUCUCGUCAACAUCUUCCUCCCCUUCCUCCUCCUCUCCCCACAGCAGCGGAAGCAACAACAACAACAACGACGUCAUACUGACCGGGAUUUACUCCCUCAACUCCGUCCCUCGCUCUAGGCCGAGACCUCUGGCGCCCCCAUCUCAGUCAGACUCUGAGCUCUCAGCGCGCGCGUCCUCAUCGCUGAUCAGCCGGGCCCUGCAGAGCAGGAUCGGCUCCGCCUCCUCACCCAUCCACUCCAAGAUGGUCUCGCUCUCUCAAAACCUCCCACCCCUCACAUCUGCCUCAGGGCCUUUAGUCUACACUGCAGUCAGGAAGGGAGCUUUAUCCCUCAGGGAGGCCGGGCUAAGUGCAGGAGCAGGGGUGGUACCUCACAGCUGGACUAAGCAGUACGGUGCAGCUCAAACUCACCUGUGGUCCUCUUCCUCACAGCCCCAAAUUCAGCCUCAGCCCAGACCUCACUCCAACCCUCAACCUCAACCCCCCCCCGCCCCUCAGAAGACGCGGGUCUCCCUCCCAGUGCAAAGCUCUGGUCACUCCUCUGAACAGACACCCCGUAUCCAGCAGGUCUUCACCUUGUCAGAGGGAAGCGAGGGGGACCGAGUUAGGUCGAGCCAUGAGUCGGCCCAUAAAAGCUUGGAGGCGCCGCAUCCCCUGGACGCCAGUCACAACUUCUCCAUCGCCAUGGAAACCGGAGAUGAAGAAGACGAGUGGCAAAGGGAAGAGGAGCUGGCAAAUAUGGCCGCCCAGACACACCUCCGCCGGGCGCAGACGUCAGCGAGCCCAACCGGGUCCGAAGUGUGCUUGGCGAGAGGGGGCCACACGCCACCUACGACUAGCCCCCGACCUGCGCUGUUCCACGGCAACACGACUCUUCAGGGCAGCUACUCCAUCACAGCACAGACCUCACUUCCAAGGGACUCCGGCUCACAGACUUCACUUGGUGUGUCCGCCGCCCCCUGGGUUAUCAGCAACUCCAGAAAGAGAACACGGGAAUCUUCCGCAGUUAAACGAAGGGUUUCGUGUUUUCAGCUGCAGGAUCGGACCCAGUUCAGCGACGGGGAUCUCAUCCAGCUGAAGCGCUACUGGGACCGGGGCAUGACCAGCCUGGGCUCGGUCUGCAGGGAAAAGAUCACCGCCGCAGCCAACCAACUCAAUGUAGACACUGAAAUAGUCAAGACAUGGAUCAGUAACAGACGGAGGAAGUACCGGCUGAUGGGCAUUGAAAUCCCUCCACCUAAAGGUGGGCCCGCUGUGUUCUCAACCUCCUCCCCCGGAAACGAAUCCCCGAUGGCCCUCAGCCCCGACGAGGUGGGGCUCAGAACGCCCGAACUCGGAGACGACUUGAAUUAUGAGGGCUCCCUCUGCCUGUCCGAAGACGGCACGAUCGAAUCGCAGCAUGGAGACGAAGAAGACGGGAUAGACGUGUCCACUGCGAUGCCACCGGCCAAUACUGUGAAGAUCGAAGUAAUUGACGAGGAAUACGGAGAUAAUGAAGAUGAUGACUUAGUGGCCUCAGACCUAGAGCAAAUGCAGAGCCUGCUGGAAUUCAAGCACGAGGAGGUGCAGUUCUUAGAGAUUGAGCUAGAGAACCAAAAACAAAAGUACGACGAGCUCGCGAGCUUCACAAAGAGCCUUCUCAGCGCCGUGAGGAGCAACGACCUAGAGAGACAGCAGGAGCUCGUGGCCAGUCUACCUCAGCCUUCAGACCAGGACUGGGACAUGGCGGAGGAGAGCGGAGCGCGACCCGCCGACGCGUCCUUCGACCACAACAGAUCCCCGAUGGCCGGGGCAGAGAGUCCGUCGCCCCCGGCGAACGGAGAAGUCCCACUGGUCCCCGCAAACGAAGACGACGCACCGAGCGAAGUUACUGAGCCCUCUGCAUCAGAGGAGCAACUGCAGGAGGCGGUCACAGAACAAAAGUGACCACGUCAUGUAUGCCCGCUCUCAUAGACUCAUCCAGAUGUUUCCACACUCCAUGUAGAAGCUGGUUUUCGGACCAUAUGGUCUCACACACAUUGACACAAACACUCUGGUAACCUCGUGCUCCACGCCCAGUGCCUGUGGAUCGACGCUUCACUACGACUGUUGGGCUGACAAAUGCCUUUUUUACUGCAUAUCAUCUGCCUUGCUCCGGACCGGUCCGGGGAGAACAAUAAACAACCUCUAACUUA